UUUUCCGGGGAAUAUGACACAAUUCCCCUCGAUUCUCGACCAUCCGACCAACCAACCUGCCUUGCUAUUUCUUCCUCGAACUUCUAGCGCUGCAUCCUCUCGGUUCCGAGGGCCCUUUGCCACUAUUCCAACAUGGUUCCCGAACCAUUCAUAUCCGGCGUUAUCAUAGCUUCCAUCAGUUUAUUUCCUCUAAUGCAUCAUCCACAUCAGGGCGUUUAUGAGACAGGUGUGGGAAGGAUAUGGUAUCCUCAUCUUUCGGGCUUUUCUGGUUCACGCGGCACACCAAAAAGGUAACGGGACGGACUGGACGGAUGGCAUCAUUGGGUUUGCACGAACUUCUCAGUAUUCUUCUGGCUACCGAUUGGGUUUUGCUGGCAUCUCGGAUGUCGAGCAGCAUCUGUGGAACGGGACGUGUGAUUGCUGGUGGACGAGCGUGGAAACCAAUCGCCCCCUUCCAUGGUAAUGACAUUCCAUGGCCUUCAACAACAACCUGUACCAUCAGAUUAGGGGGUUCCGCAUGUCUUCGGGACAGCCGGGUGCUUCUUGGUCGUCCGUUUCUGCGAUCUGCGUUUUCCAGGAUGCCAAUCCUUAUUAUCUCAUGUGCAUUUGUACGCUAGGUAUCUCCGUCUCGAGUCGACGUGAAACGACAGAUCACCGCACACAUGCUUGUGCGAAUCAGGCUCAUCGAUCAUUGAGAUA